UGGAGUGAGUACUUCUUUUCUGUGUUUUGUCUAGCAUGGAUCCAGUUGGAGUGAAUUCAAUAGAGACUGCAGCUCUAGGGAGACCCUUCCAGCUGGGGAUGCUGUAUGACUGCAGGAGAGAUGCUCUAGUACCAGGAAUCAGACUUUGGAGUAAAGAGCAGCUGCAGCAGAACAUAAGCACUAAACCCCAAAUUAACACAGUUUUCACAGUCACUGCUUCAGACUCAACUGAGGACAAAUCUAGAUUGCUGGAUAUUGAUGGUUGUCUGAGUUUUUUAGGUGGACUCAUCAAUGUGGGUGGAGCUGCAAAUUAUCUCAAAGACACCAAAAAUUUCAGUCAGCAGAGACUGACAUUACAUUAUCAUUCAACCACUAAGUUUGAUGAACUGAUCAUGAACCAUGUUCCUUCUGGAGAAAUGGCUCAUUAUGACAAUGAUGUAGCCACACAUGUAGUGACAGCAGUGCUGUAUGGAGCAGAUGCCUGCUUUGUGUUUGACAGAGAAGUUUCAUCAGAUGAAGACAAAAGGGUGAUAGCAGGAGAUGUAAAAGCUGUCUUUGUGAAGCUAAAAGGCAUUUCAGCUGGUGCAAACAUUAAUCUGAAUGAUAAUCAGAAGACUGCAGCCCAAAGAUUCAGCUGUACAUUUUAUGGUGACUUCCAGUUACCAUGUUAUCCAACCUCUUUUGAAGAUGCUGUGAAGGUUUGUGAAGAUCUUCCCAAACUGCUGGGAGAAAACAAAGAGCUUGCGAUUCCUCUGAGAGUUUGGCUUUAUCCUUUGGACAAACUUUUUUCAAGAGUUGUAAAGUUUCAGCAUUAAAACAGCAUCAGUCUAAGCACAGACACUGAAUCUGUAAUUGAGAGUUUAAGUAUGACUGAGAUGAAAUGCAGUGACCUUCAGACAGACACACCUGCUUUGACAUUUACUGCAUUUCAUGACAAAAUCAAUGACAUGAAGAAAAACUGCCACCAGUGCAGGCUGAGUCUCAUGAAGAAACUUGGCUCUCUCUUACCACAGAUCAGAGGAAAAUUUAUAGAGAAUACAGCAUUGAUUGAUCUGCUAAAUGAAUCUCCAUUUGAACGAAGCGCUCUUGAACAAUGGCUGAAAGAGAAAGAGGAAGAAUCUGACAUCAUUAAAUCAUUGCUCACGCAACUAAAUGGCUCAGGAGCAAUGGUAGAAA